AUGCCUACCAGAACCCUGACCAACCAUGCACAAGAUGCCAAAAGUAUCAGACUGAAUGUGUCAUUUCAGACCCUUUUCGAAGGGAACAUAAACGCCAGUAUGCGUCGAGCCGAACUGGAACAGGAGGCGAAUGAGCUCCGGCAGCAAUUGCAAUUGCAAGCUGCACCGGCUCCAGGCCACCAUGCUUCGCCCAUAGCCAUGCUCACAGCUGCAGCAGAGAUGGGAGUGCACUCUGCAAGCAGCGAGGUUGCAUUAAGUCUGCCUACACCCCCUGCUCCUGCUCUUCCCACUCCUCCGGCCUCUGGUCCUUCUCCUUCUUGUGGCGCUGCUCCUCCUGUCCAAUCGUAUGCCCAGCAGGUGCUGUCCUCGGGAUGUCUAGAAGCGCCUCUAGCCCAAGCGGAUAUCGAGUCGGGCAAUCGUCUAGAGCCGACUGUCCCCCGUACCUUGAAUAACGUAACGGUGGAAGCAGCCGAGAUCGAUGAUCUGUUCCAAUUGUUCUUCCGUGAAUAUUCGCAUUUCCUUCCCAUUCUCGACAUCGGACUGACCCCUAACGCAUAUUACACACAAUGCCCUUUCCUGUUCUGGGCUAUUAUCGGGGUUGCGUGCAGGUCGUACUCGAAAAACCCAACGCUACUGACGGCUCUCUCACGGGGCAUUCUUGAGAUGGCUUUACUCUCAGCCUUGUCAACAACACCAUGGCACACGAUUCAAGGACUGUUGUUGCUUCUCACAUGGCCCUUUGCGAAGGACAAAACUGGGUCGGAUGCGAUGUUCACCUUGAGUGGCAUGAUGCUACAUAUUGCCAUGCAGAACGGGAUGCACAUACCUGUGUCGAGCCAUGAGUUUUCCAGGGUCAAAACUCCUGCACCGUCCGAAGAUGACAUGAUUCGGCGUUCGGAACUUUGGGCACAUUGCGUGAUUGCUUAUCAGAACUCUUGCGUUGUCAAAGGGCAAUUAGCUCGCACUCUCAAGGAUAUGCAGCAGGAACUAUGGCUGACCCAGCGCUUGUUCCAGAGAAUCGCACCAGGUUUGGUGUGCAAACUCAAAUGCUUGGACCUGGUAACCAGAUGCAGCGCGGUAGUAGUCGAAAACGGCGUGCGAACUAUGAAUUUGGAACAGGAGCGCUCGUUGGAUAUCAUUCUUCGCACAUACGAGAGCCAAAUCGCAGACUUGGAAGCCCAGUUCACUUCCGCAGUCGACAGAUUCCACGUAGCUCUGUGCCGCUUGCACAUUCAAGUCCUUCAUUUUCACAAGAUCGAAACCCUAUCUUCCACCGGCUGCUUGCCGCGCAUUUUGGCCGCCGCUUGUCGAGUCGUUGACUUCGUCCAGUCUUUAGCUCAAACACCCGGCCGCCUGGUGACUACACCCAUCCAGAUAAACUUCGGGCUCAUCCUCGCUUCAGUGACCCUUCUCCGCAUCCUCAAAAUAUCCGCAUCGCAUGAUCUGGACCUCGAACGAGCCAGAGCCUCGUUUUUUGCGGGAAUCAAUUUCGCCAAGGAGAUGUCGGUCCAGCAGAACGAUAGUGCCGCGAAGGCCGUCUUCAUCGUGAACGAGCUCUGGAAUAACCCCAAGGCCUACCACAAGCCCGACGGCAGCGUGUUCUCGCCCCUCAGAGUGCGGGGUCGUCUCGUUCUUAGUCCCAUCCUCGACGCGGUCUGGUGGUGGCGCGAUGAGAAUGAACCUCAAUACCGUUCGAUGUAUUUUCCGCAGGGGGAGGCAGCGGAUGGUAUACCUCCCAUUCCUCAAGCUCAGCGUGCACACACUGAUGACCCCAUGAUCUCAGGAGCCGAGAGCGCUCGCAACAACCCCAAUGCGGCAGCCAGCACCUUGGCCGCCUUCGCCGAGAGACAGGACUCAGCUCGUGUCGACGACCACUUCCUCGCAGAUUUCGAAUGGGCCUUGUGCGAAGAUGAAUUCUUCCUGACUGCCGGUCCUUACACUUAG